UUCGUAAAAAAAAAUAUGUCUUCUAAAUUCUAUUUCCACUGCUAAUUGUUACAAACUGUCAACUGUUCGGUUUUUUUAUGCUAAUUCCAUGGCUAAGUCACUUCAAACCUCUCAUUUUAGCUUGCAAACACAAAACUACCAUAACUCAACUCCAUGCUCUGAUACUUACCACUGGUCUCUCCUUCAACGACCCAAAUUCCAUUACUCCUCUCAUUGCCUCAUAUGCCCGCAUUAACAGCAUUGUUUCGGCCCGUAAAGUGUUCGAUAAAAUGCCUCAAAGAACUGUAAACGCAUGGAAUUCAAUGAUCAUAGCGUAUUCACGCACUAAUUACCCUAAUGAAGUCUUUGUUCUUUACCAUAGAAUGGUAUCUGAAGGAAGUAAACCCGACAGCUCGAUUUUCACUGUCACUAUAAAGGCAUGUUCCAGCUUAAUGGAGUUGGAAAUGGGAGAGAAAAUUUGGAGUCAAGCUGUGGAUUUUGGAUAUGGGUGUGAUGUGUUCGUUGGGUCUUCUAUUUUGAAUUUAUAUGUUAAGUGUGGAAGAUUGGAUAAAGCGAAAAUGGUGUUUGAUAAAAUGGUGAAGAAAGAUGUUGUGAGUUGGACUACUAUGAUAACGGGAUUUGCGCAAAGCGGGAUGGCGGUUGACGCCAUUGAUGUGUAUCGGAAGAUGCAGAACGAGUGCAUUGAAGUAGAUGGAGUUGUGAUGGUGGGGUUAAUUCAGGCUUGUGGUGGUGUUGGGGAUUCGAAAUUGGGUCUUUCUGUUCAUGGAUAUAUGGUUCGAAAAGAGAUGAUUAUGCAUAAUGUUCUUCAGACCAGCCUUGUCUAUAUGUAUGCCAAGAAUGGGAGGUUGGAGCUUGCUUUGCGUGUUUUUGAAGAUAUCCGAAACAAGAGUGUUGUUUCUUGGGGAGCAUUGGUUUCUGGUUUUGCUCAAAAUGGUUUCACAGAGAAGGCACUUGCAUUGUUGAUAGAGAUGCAAAGUUUUGGGUUCAAACCAGAUUCGGUUACUCUUAUUAGUUCACUUUCGGCAUGUUCCCAAGCUGGAUAUUUGAAAUUGGGGAAAAGUUUACAUGGAUAUAUGGUUAGAAGGCUUCAUUUUGAGCAAGUUUUAGGAACUGCAUUGAUUGACAUGUACGCAAAAUGUGGAUCUCUUUCAUCUGCUCGUGCCUUAUUUGAUCAGAUAGAAUCGAGGGACUUGUUAAUGUGGAAUGCCAUGAUUGCUGGCUAUGGAAUCCAUGGAGAUGGAAGGGAAGCCCUCUUGCUUUUUCUCAAGAUGAGGGAAACAUAUAAAAAUCCAGAUCAUGCAACUUUUGCUUCUCUUUUCUCAGCUCUUAGCCACUCAGGUCUAGUAGAAGAAGCUCAACACUGGUUUCGUGUUAUGGUAAAUGUUAACAAGAUCCAACCAGGUGAAAAGCAUUAUGCUUGUAUGGUUGACCUUUUGAGCCGAGCAGGACGAGUGGAAGAAGCUUAUUGGUUAAUAAAAUCAAUGCACACUGAACCAGGACUUCCGAUUUGGGUUGCUCUUUUGUCAGGCUGCCUUAAUUAUAGAAAAUUGUUGAUCGGAGAGAUGGCGGCAAAGAAGAUUCUUGAGUCAAAUCCAGAUGACUUGGGAAUAUAUGUUUUAGUUUCAAACUUCUUUUCCAUGGCCAAGAAAUGGGAAGAAGCAGCUGUUUUGAGGAAGAUAAUGAAAAAUACAGGAAUGAGAAAAGUACCUGGUUAUAGUGCAGUUGAAGUGAAUGGAAACCAACAAGCAUUUCUAAUGGAAGACAAGAACCAUGAAAAAUAUCAGGAUAUUCUGCAAAUAUUGGUUACUUUGAACAAUCAGAUGAAAUCUAUCAGAUGUAUCACAGAAAAUGAGUUGGUAAUAUAAAAUCAUAAAUCUAUAUCAGUAAGAGAAAAUGGAAAGACAAGGAAGGAGCCACCCAGAGUAAAAAAUAGAGGAUGAGCCAAAGAUUCUAGAUUGAAGAGAUAUUACAAAAUUUUCAAUCAUGGUCACAUGUAGCCAUUUCCUAUUCUGGGGAAAAACCGGGUCGCUAGUGCAUUCUUUUUUACCUAAUGAAGAUGCAUCAACCAAUGGUCAAUAUUCAGUGAAAUCACGGAGAGAUUUUCUGCAGCACCGCCAGCGAUCAAAAUCACUUGACUACAUAAGUUGCUCGUACCGUCAGCUUUUGUAUCCUGGACAAUGAGCCUGAAGAUUUUGGUUCUCUUCCAAGAGACGGUCAUAUUCAAGUAGUAAGUCAGCAGAUUGUUUCUGAAGAGAAACAACGUGGGAUUCCGCAGUUUCUAAUUGCUUGUCCUUCUCUUUAUUUUCCAACUUCAGCUUCUUUAAAUUUUCUGAUAGAGUAGAAACUUGUUCCCUCA